AUGACGGCCGUCCAUGAUUAUGAAAAUAUGCUGGCCAGUUUUCGGACUAUCGACUUGCAAACAUUAUUGGGAUCUUUUGGUCGAAGUGUAGCAGGACAAAAAUCUGAAUUAAAAGAACGGGCACUUGAUUUAUUAAGAACUAGAUCACCAGGCUUUAACCACGUGGAAUAUUUAUCAAAUAUACAUAAAACAUAUCUUUCGAUGCUAACAGAUAUGUCUAAUAAUAAUGUUAUUAUGAAUCACAGCUUAUUACAAACCCAACAGAGACAAAUGAUGGGGCAGAUACAGGCCCCACAGCAGAGAAUAUACCAACCUGUCCCACAAACCCCACAGAGACAAAUGAUGGGGCAGAUACAAGCCCCACAACAGAGAAUGUACCAACCUGUCCCACAAUAUCCUCCACAGCCAAUGCUUAUGGCCCGAGGUGGAUUACUACAGGUUAUGCCCCAAAUUCAAAGAAGUAUUCAUAAUAAUUUCAUUGGAGCAAAUACUAUGGCUAACAUUCAAUAUAUGUCGGGCAGUUAUCAGCCUUCUGGACCUCGUUUUAUUAUGACAUCUAAUUUGUCCUCAAGUCAACAAUUGAAUGUGGUGUCACAAGAUCCAUUGGGACAUGAUAUACAAGAAAGGACUGUUGAAAAUAAUUUUUAUACUCCAUCUCCUGAAACUGUUGCCCAAAUCAAGUUCAAAAAGUUAACAUUUUAUGAGGUCAUUGACGUAGUUAUUAAGCCAACUUUUCUAGCUGGCAUGGACAAACGCCCAUUACAAAACUUUCCUAAAGCCGAGGCCAUCAAUAUUGUUACCUUGAAUCGCGAUGUGUCUUCGGGGGAAAAUGUCUAUCCUUAUCAAUUCCAGAUUCGUAUUAGUGAGUUAGUGGAACCUAUGGGUAAUGAGGUAACGGAUUUUAUGCCUCUUGGACUACACAUUCGUCUUGGUGGGAAACCAUGUCUAUUACCACCAAAAGCUGAAUCCAGACCAUCUCCAAGACCUAUAAAUUGCACUCAACAAGUCAAACUUUCUCCAAUCACUCCCAAUAUGAUCAAUAUAAAUUGGACUGAUGAUGGGAAAAAAUACGUUUAUUCUAUGUAUCUUGUAAAAAGAGUAACUUCAGAAAUGUUGAUACAAACACUUCAAGAUAAAGGAGGUAGGAGUUCAGAGGAGACCAAAAAGUAUAUAAUUGAAAAGUUAGCAGAUGUCGAUCCAGAUUUGGCCACUACAGCUUCUUAUCGAUUUUCCUUGGUGUGUCCAUUGAGUAAAAUUAGAAUGAAGAUACCUGUAAAAUCUAUCCAUUGUGAUCAUUUACAAUGUUUUGAUGCUAGAACAUUUAUUUUAAUGAAUGAGAAAAGGCAAACAUGGGUGUGCCCAACAUGUAAUAAACCUUGUUUGUACGAUGACUUACAAAUUGACAAUUAUUUUUUGGAAGUUGUUUCAAGUCCAACACUCGAAGACUGCAGUAAGGAGAUUGAACUUUUAGCUGAUGGCACAUGGAUAGUUUAUGAAGAAAAGAAAGAGACAAAAAUUCUUGAUGCUCAAUCAAGUGAUUGUGUGAAUUUAGAUAGCGACGAAGAGAAAUCCGUUGAAGCAAAUAUAGAACUUAACCCUGAAACUAUCAAACGUCAAGAAAAUGAAAAUGAAAUCAUAUUUAUUAAUUUGGCUUUAAGUGAUGAUGAAGAAGAAUCAUCAAAAGAAUAA